UCCAUCUUAAAGUCAGAUGUCUCUGUGACGCCUGAUCUUUGCUAGAAUGUAAAAAAAUACCGGUUAUUUGAUGAGAGCUGAAGACGAGGAAGCUCUGUAGGAGCUCUAAGUACGCAAAUCCAGCUGAGCUCAACACAAAAAGCCAGCUGACACACAACCCAAAGCCUGUCCUGGCAGAGUGAGUGGAGUCCCAGACUUAAGCCUCUUACAGUAAUACACCUCCUGCUGAGACGACACCCCAGUCCACCACAGCCGGACAGGACCAAGACCUGCACGCUUCCUGCUCCCAGAAAACACCAGAGCCCAGCUGCUCCUGCGAUUCCCCUCAUUCAUGUGUCAGAGAUGCUGGGUGGAGACCUGGUCGCCAUGUGGGAGGUGGCACUGAGUGACGGCAUCUAUAGGAUCGAGUUUUCCCAUGGAACCACCACAGGGAAACGCAUUGUUCAUGUCAACGGGAAGGAGGUCGUCAGAAAAGACUGGAUGUUCAAACUGGUUGGAAAGGAGACCUUCACCGUGGGGGAGGCCAACAUUAAAGCCACCAUCAACAUCGAGGCCAUCAGCGGGUUCUCCUACGAGUACUCUCUGGACAUAGACGGGAAAAGUCUGCAGACAUUCAUCGACAACAGGGCCAAGACCACGAAGACCUGGGUGCUCCAGGUGGACGGGGUGGACAGCAGGGUCGUACUCGAAAAGGACACCAUGGACGUUUGGUGCAACGGACAGAAGAUGGAAACAACGGGUGAGUUUGUGGACGACGGCACAGAGACGCACUUCACGGUCGGGGAGCAUGACUGCUGCAUCAAGGCGACGAGCAGUGGGAAGAAGAAGAGCGGCAUUGUGCACUACUUCCUGCUCGAUGGAGAGAAAGUAGCCGCUUCUACACAGUAGAGCUGGGCUGGACUGAGCAGAGAUCACCUUUCACAGACUCACAGGACCAGGUAUUUCAUGCUGCGUUCAGGAGCAUGAGGGCAAUAUGGACUAUUUUCCUAUUUAUGUGGUUUUAGUUGCAGACUUAAAGUAAUACAUGUGCAGCAUUUGCUCUGUUAUGUUUUCAGUUGUGGUUUCAUCUUGAAGUGAUGAUAAACAAACUGAGCAGAAAAGUGAGGAAAGGAGUGUUUGGUGGAUUAUUUC